AUGGCUCAAACGUCGAUUUCAACUGAAAAGUUGAGACGGCUCCUGUUAAGACUCCCCUAUGAGUGUUUGGGACUGGAUUUGAGCGGGGUGGGCCGGUCAAAAUUUGUGAAGACUGUGCUGAAACACCUGUGGCAGCUCAUUCGAAACCCUAAUUCCGCUGUCAACCACCGAAAAAGAGCUCAGAUCAUUUUGAUCACUUUGGCGUUUUCAGUGGCCACGGCGAGCUCGGGGGUCAUUUACGGGCUAUACAAGGUCGUGUCGAAUCUCAGAACGACCGCUUUUACUCAGAAACCAGCCAUGCGACGCACACGAUCACAGAUAAUGCUCGACAAUGGUGCCAGGGUGAUGUACGUACCGUACGAGGAGAACGCAGACAACAAAAAGCGGGUAUUGAUAAGACCCAGAAACGACGACCGGUAUGAACACGACAAAUUCCUCUUCAAGUACUUCGGGAAAAACAAUACCUCGCAACUUUUCUACUCGAAGUUUCUUAGCCAGUUGAGCAUCAUAUACCGCAUUUUGGUGCCAAAAUUCACAGAUCGAAACUCGUUUUUGAUCGCCAUUCAAAUUUUCUUUCUCGUCAUGAGAACAUGGCUGUCGCUGUUCGUGGCUCGUCUCGAUGGUCAAAUUGUCAAAGAUAUAAUAUCUGGGAAAGGCAGGAAGUUUUUGGUUGAUCUGUUGUGCUGGUUCCUGAUAGCAUUUCCAGCGUCCUACACCAACAGUGCCAUCAAGUUUUUGCAGCGUAAGUUGAGCUUAAACUUCAGAAUCAAUCUGACUCGUUACAUUCAUGACAUGUAUUUGGACAAAAGAUUGGCUUUUUACAAACUGACGUUUGACAAUCAGGCUUCCAGCUCGGUUAUCGCAAACAUCGACAAUUCCAUCACCAAUGAUGUGACAAAGUUCUGUGACGCGAUCUGUUCAGUCUUUGCAAACAUCGCCAAACCUGUGAUUGACUUGGUCUUCUUCUCCGUCUACUUGAGAGAUAAUUUGGGCACAUUCGGUAUUGUCGGUAUUUUUGUCAAUUACUUCAUUACCGGUUUCAUCUUGAAGCGCUGGACGCCACCUCUGGGGAAACUGGUGAGCAAACGUUCCGCCGCUGAGGGAGACUAUUACAAUUACCACUUGAACCUUAUCAACAAUACCGAAGAGAUUGCGUUUUACCACGGUACCAAAGUUGAACGCACCAAAGUGAAUGCCCUGUACGAUUACCUAAUGGAUCAAAUGCUGCUGGUUGACCGAGUCAAAGUAAACUAUAACAUCCUGGAAGAUUAUGUUUUGAAGUACACUUGGUCGGCUCUAGGUUACGUCUUUGCCUCCAUUCCAAUCGUCAUAACAACGUACACUACCGGCGUCAAUAAUAAGGAGAUCAACAUGCGCGAAUUCAUUGUCAAUAAACGGCUCAUGCUGUCAUUGGCGGACGCCGGGAGUAGGUUGAUGCAUUCUAUCAAGGAUAUUGCGCAACUUACAGGUUACACAAACAGAAUCUUUACGUUGCUCGCCGUCCUGCAUAGGGUACAUUCAACAGAAUUCAAUUACGGAUCCACGGUAGAUGAGACGGAGUUGAAAGUAGGCGGUGAUUCUUCGCAAAACAAUGAAAUUGUUCGAGGAACUGUGCAAAAAAGCUUCAACGGCAUACGUUUUGAAAACAUUGAUGUUAUCAUUCCCUCGAAAUAUGGCAAGGAAGGUACGAAACUUAUCAAUAAGCUCAAGUUUCAGAUUCCACCUGUUCUUACCCUCGACAAUGCCAAUUCUGACUCCCAGGUGAACAUCAGUCAAAAGCUGGUUUCUCAGGGUCCUGGCAGCAGCAUGCUGAUCUUGGGACCAAAUGGAAGUGGGAAAACAUCUAUCCAGCGGAUUAUUGCGGAAAUUUGGCCAAUAUACAACAAAAAUGGCCUAUUGUCCGUUCCCGGCGGAUCCGACUUGUUUUGUUUACCUCAAAAAGCUUACUUCAUUCAAGGAGGAACAUUUCGCGAUCAACUCAUAUAUCCAAUGUCUGCAGACACAUUUUUUGACAUGGGCCAUAGAGAUAAAGAGCUAGUUCACAUUCUUGGUGAGGUGAAACUUGAUUAUCUUCUCAAGAGAGGUAAAGGUUGGCAAUACCUAGACGCAGUUGCCGAGUGGAAAGAUGUUCUGAGCGGCGGUGAGAGGCAGCGCAUGAACUUUGCUCGAAUCAUGUUUCAUAAACCCAGAUUUGUUGUUCUUGACGAGUCAACAAAUGCGAUCAGCGCUGAAAUGGAAGAUUACCUGUUCAAUUUGCUGAAAAGGUACCGCUUCAAUUUCAUCACAAUCUCACAGAGACCAUCUUUGAUAAAAUAUCACGACCUUGCGCUUGAAAUUGCGGGAGAUGAGACAUGGCGAUUGCAGGAUCUGGGUACAGACGAGGCUAUUACAUCUAUUGAAAAAGAGAUCGAGACGUUACAAGAAAAACUCGAAAAUGUCAACGUCUGGGAAGACGAGCGUGCCGCGCUUACUCGAAAACUUGCUCAUGUUUGA